AUGUACCAAAAGCAAGGCCGACAGACAUUCCUGGCCAAGGCCUUUGAUCUGAUGAAGGAUCCGGGCGGCAAGCCCGGCGACAAGUACAUCGGUUCCUCUUGGUCAGCUAACAGUGAUACCUGGUGGGCCGACCACUACAAUAUUGACGACGAUGGGAAGGAUGAGGAUGUUGCCAACUGGAAGAAGGAUGGCCUCGCGGACAUUUAUAAAUACCUCCAGCAGCAAGGAGAGGAGCUUCAAAAGAAGAGCCAGCCGUACAACGUCAUCGGCAAGGUUGCCGGCAACAACUGUAUCACCGAAGCGUUUCUCAAAACAAUCACCGUGGACAAGGAGAAGUGCGAGUAG